AACACAUAAUGUACAUUCACAUGUUGUGUUAGUUUAGGUGCCAUGAUGGUUAAGAAUACACUGUACUUGCACUGACCAUGGAUAUGAGCUGUGGGCUGGAGAUACUCCUUAUUUCCUUAUGGAUACAAGUUUGCUUUGUGCCUGGAAUACACUGCAGUAAUGGAAUUAUCAGUCAUCUGUCAAAGGAAGAUGUUUUGCUGUUGAAGGAUGAGGAGAAUCCAAAGUGUUUCACUCGGACAGCAGAGGAUUUCACCUGCUUCUUUGAGACUGCAGACAAUGGGACGUAUGAUUUGUUCUACUCAGUAGAAGGGUACCCCGUACAAAGCUGUAAGAUGUCGGUCCAGAGAACAGAAGAAGGAACUUUCCUCCACAUCUGCUCAUUUCCUGGCUCAGAUGUCAUGUUAUAUGCGGAUAUAUAUCUUGAAGUGUUGGAGCGUACUACCAAUACCAGCCUCUACAAUCGAACUGUCAGCGUAGAGAACCAUUUUCUUCUUGAUCCCCCUUUCGAUGUGACUUUACACCCAAAUGGCCAAGUGGGACAGCUGCGGGUUUCAUGGCGCACAAACAGCUUAAAAUACUGGGAUACAGAUAAAGUGUACAAGAUUCAAUUCUCCUCCACGCAUCUUGGACAGAAGACACAAGAGGUGAAGAAGGGCGAAGUACUGAACUCUCUGGCAGCAGGUGAAGAGGUUGAGGUAAAGAUCGCUGUCAAAUGUGCCACAAAUUCAGCUGGAGGACACUGGAGCAGCUGGUCUCAACCGGUACGAACCGUGGCUCCCCAAAGUGCAGUUGACAUUUCACUAACAUGUUACACCUCUGACCUGCAUAAAAUCACCUGUCAGUGGAAUGCGAGCAGAUAUGGUGCAAAGAAUGGGUACCAACUUUUCUACAAGACAGGUCUCAGUGAACCUUUGAAUUGGACCAAAUGGACUGAGUGUCAGGCUGAUGGGAACUUUGCUGACCUGUGUUCUUUCUCUGGAGUUGAGUCCAGAAAAGUCAGAGUCCAACUCAACAGCACUUCAUCUCCGACCAGCAGAACCUUUUAUUCUGAAGAGUUCACUUUAAGUAACUCGGUAAAAACAUCCGCACCAGAUCGUCUGAGAGUCGCACGGGACAAAGACAAGCUGUGUUUGGAGUGGGAAGCUCCUCUUCCAUCUCUGUCCGCUCACCUGCAGUAUGAAGUCGACUACAGGAUUAAAGGAGCUGAAAGAUGGAAGAUGAUAAAGGACCUCGAGACUCAUGCAUGCAUAGAGGCUCCAGCAGGUAGCCAGUACAGCAUCAAAGUCAGAGCUAAACCUACUGGGUCCUUUUACUCAGGCCACUGGAGUGACUGGUCAAAUGUGCUCACUGGUGACACCCCCACUAACACGGACCUGCUGCUCAUGUUGUGUAUUCCUGCCUCCAUGCUGGUGACUGCAGUCAUCCUCAUCUUCUUGCUUUCCACAUACCUCAGUAAGCUCAAGCAGUAUUUUUGGCCGCCAGUUCCCAACCUUGAAAAAGUCCUGCAAGGCUAUCUGAUGGAGAUCAACAGGCAGAAAUGGGAUCCUCCAGUCACAACCAAACAGUGCCCUGAAGAAACCACUUCAUCUGUGGUGGAGAUCAUGUCUGAAGAAGAGGUUUCAGGAUUGGGGAAGCCAACAGAAGAAUCCAGGGAGCUGCUGUCACCUGACCAGGUUGAUGGGAACCCCAGAGCUGAAGUCUUUCCAGACUAUGUGACCCUGAAUAAAGACAGUGCCAUUCUUUGCCCUCAGAGAAACAGCUACGUUUAUGAUCAGGUUAAAGGAGACUCCGAGGUAGGAGAUGAGCUCCUCCAAACACGUCGCUGUUCCUGCACUGAGGGUUCAGUCUGUGUCCCACCGUGCUCAUGCUCUGACUUUCUGAACCAUUCCUACCUGCCUCUGGCUGAGCCUGCAGACACAUUCAGCUGUAAGGUCAAAGCUGUUCGGGCUCCAGGAAACCUCUAUACUAACUUCCCCUACAGCUAAAUGUACAGUGGUGCAGACUUAAUGAAGGCCUCGCACCUUCAUACUAACCCACGGACUUACUGUAAAUUAAUACAAAUUUCAACACAUUCAAAUAAGCUGUAAAAGAAAAAAAGGGCAUCAAAAGGAAUAUAAUGAUUGAUUAACGGUUAACAAGCCUUUUAGCCAAAGCAAAGGAGUGUUACCCCAUGUAUUCACUGUAUAUUAGCUGUAUAGUUUGUCAUCCUUGGCGACUCCUUAAGGUCUUCAGCAAUCUGAAAACUUCAAGCUCUAGGUCUGAGUGCUGUUCAAGAUAUUCAGGUGUACUGGAAUCAGAUAUUUCAUUUUUAAAACUGCUUAUUGGGCUUCCUUAACGAGACUGCUAACAACUGAUCAACAGUAAAAAAAAAUUCUGCUUGCUGGAACAGUAACUAACAACACACUUUGUGAAACUACAGCUCUCUAAAAAGUGAAUUUCUGAUUCACCUACAAUGAGCACAGAUGCUGCUGUUUUGGAAGCAGAGUGUCUGUUCCUCAGCAGGCACAUUUCUAUAUUGUUCAGAAUUCUUUUGCCGACAUGUUUUUGAUUUUACAAAAUACUGAAUACAAUAUUGAAAAGAGCCACGCCAGUAUGCAAGGCAGAUGGUUUCUGUGAGCAUUGCAAAUUUGAGUAACCUGGAUAAAGAAAAGAUAUUUGUACAUUCUCUUGAAUAUAUGAAUGUAACUGUCUCUUAAAUUGUAUAUCAAUUAUGCUUUUUUUUUCAAACUGCAGGUUUUGCCCUUGUUGUUGUAUACUCUUUUAUAUUGUACAUAUCUUUGAGGAACGUUUUAUACUUUACAAGAAUUUGAGAUGAGAAGAUUGAAACAGAUGUGUCACCAAAAUGCUUACUCCUGAUGCUCUCCUCCUGCCAAAUAACAUCUGUAACAAAUGUUUUGUUUUCAUGUAUUACAUAAUGUCAGAGUUUGUAUUUUUGACAUUAAAUAUCAAAAAGCUUCAA